CUUCUGUUACCUGUCCCCGUGACUUGAAGCUCCGAGAGCCCCGGCAUCCAGACCGAGAUGGCCUUUUUGGCACUCGGCACGCCGGUGCCGGGUCCGCUGGUCGGUAUAAGAAGCAUCGGGCUCCCGGUCUCUGCCCCUGGACAUGCGAGCUCGUGCGCAGAGCAAGGCUAUAUAAAGCUAUGCUGUCUGCUGAGUCUUCUGUGCAUCGAAAGCGCGAGCUCAGUCAUGACCUCGCGCACGAGGUUCUCGUCAGAUGCAGCAUGGUCCGCGAGUCACCUCAUUUUUCGGCUCAAGCCAAGUGUCAACUCACGGCUAUCCAGUUUUAGACAACCAACCACCAACCAACUAAUUACUCAUUUCGCCAGGAUGCAGCUUGACUAGCCAAGGACCGAAUUUUUACCCUCCAUUACUGUUCGAUCGAAGUGUGUGUUUCGCUUGGGACGACCGGCAAAGCUUUCAAGGUUGACUUUCUGU